CAAUUUUACACAUCAAGUACGUCUUUUUCCUGACAAUUUAUUCCAUUUUGAAGUGUUUUUCUCUAUUUACAACCAAGCUGCGGUGGUCUGUAACAUAAAUCUGCGUGAAAUACGAGCUGGAAAUGAAGAGCUGAGAACAGAAUUUCCUGACUGCACUGCCCGUACCCCACAAUGGCCUCCUCCUCAUCAGUUGGAGAUAAUCAACUGCAGAGGAUAAUCAGAGAUUUGCAUGAUGCUGUGUUAGAGUUGAGUAAAGAACACAGGGAGUGUGGUGAACCCAUAACUGAUGACAGCGCCAACCUGCACAAGUUCUUCUAUAAACUGGAAUACCUGCUACAGUUCGACCAGAAAGAGAAGACAACCUUUCUUGGUCAGAGAAAAGACUACUGGGAUUACUUCUGCGACUGCCUGAUUAAGAUCAAGGGAGCUAACGAUGGCAUCCGUUUUGUUAAGUCCAUCCCUGAGUUGAAGACAUCACUGGGGAAAGGAAGGGCCUUCAUCCGCUACUCGCUCGUUCACCAGCGUCUUGCUGACACGCUGCAGCAGUGUCUUAUAAACCAGAAGGUCACAAGUGACUGGUAUUAUGUCCGGAGUCCCUUCCUCAAGUCUCACCUCACUGCUGACAUAAUCAACCAUCUUUAUGAGCUCAACCAAAUCCAAUUUGACGUGGCAGCCAGAGGUUACGACCUCGAUGCCGAUUGGCCAAGCUUUGCGAGGCGGACAUUAGGCACUGCCUCAUCAGCUUUCCUAUGGAAGCCUCCCAGUCGCUGCUCCAGCAUCAAUAGUCUCGUUAGCAGCUACGCACACUCACAGGCGCAGGAGGUUCACCCAAUCCCAGACUUGAGUCACAGUCUCCUUGGUGAACUGGUAGAACUGGGGGAACCUUCUCAUUGCAGCAUCUCAGAGAACCUCCGCAUUGAGCUGGACCAGUCUGAGCUCAGACAACAAGAGCUUCUAGUACAGGUUCAGGAGUUAGGCAAAGAGGCUGCUGAGCUGAAAGGUGUGGUUAAAGACCUUCAAGGCCAGCUAUUAGCAGCCCAGAAGUUCUCUGGCCACCCAGUGUCUACAACAACCCAAAGAAUCCAAGAAACAGAUAAUCAGGAGAGGGCAAAUCACCUUCAAACUUGUAGAGAAGUAAUAAACAGUGAACUUCAAGAAAGACUCACAGCUGCUGAGAACAAAAAUAUGGAGCUUCUCUCUAAGUUGGACAAGGCUCUUAAAGAAAAGGGACAACAAACAGCUAGCUACUGCGACUCAGCCUGGAAAAUCCAGGAACUCCUGGAUAAACUCAAGACAGCAGAGGAGGAGAGGUUGGAGGCAAAGAGAGAGGCUGAGGACAGGUCCAGGCACUCUGAGCGUCUGUCCCAGGAGCUAAAACUUAGGGAAGAAGAGUUGAGCAACAGUGAGGGGAAGUUGGCUGAAGUAAAAGCCGGAGCCCAUGAUGAACAUGAGGAGGCGCUCAAACGGUUGGAGGAACUCCAAAGUGCAGUCGGUCGAAUUCAGGGAGCGCUGACUUUGAAAGAGAAGGAGACGGGGAACCUGAGAGCCCAGCUUCAGGAUCUACAAGCAUCACUGGAGUGCAGGGAACGGCAAGCAGAGGAGUUGAGGAGAAGACUGCUGGAGGAGAGGGAGGAGGAAGAGCAGAGAUGUAGCAUGAGCAGUAGCGAGAAUGAGGAACUCGAGAGCCAGCUCUUGGAUGUAAGAAAAACUCUAAAAAACAGAGAGAAAGAGCUAGCUGUUAGUUCAGAGAGAAUCAAGCAUUUAGAGGAGCAACUGGAGAAGCUAAAUGUUGAGAAAGAAAGUCUGAGCUCUAGAUUUGCUGAUAAUGAAGAUGUUUCCUGUGAUCAAACCGAGAACCUUGAAGACUACAAAACCCAAUGCAGCAAUCUCAUGGAAUUAAAUGCAAAGCUACUCCAAACAGUUCAGAAGAGCGAGGGGAGCAUUACAGAGCUAACUGAGAGCAGGGAAGCCUUGUUAGACCAAUUAGCUUCUUUGAGAGCCUCUGAGAAGCACUUAAAGGGCAGAGUUGAGGCUGCAAAGAUGUCUGUGGAAGAUCGGGAGAAGAAGCUUCUGGAUGAAAACGUGUAUUUGGAGGAGACUGUCCAGAAGGUGCUUGUUCAGAAGGAAGCCUCUGAUGCUCAGUUAAAGAGGCUAGAGCAUGAGAACGAGGAGCUUCUUGAGGUUCAUUCCUCGUUGAAGAAACAGUUAGCCACAACUCAACAGGAAGUGGACUCACUCACUGCCAAAUCUGCAAAGUUGGACAAGAACCUCACAGUGUCCCAAAGAAGCCAAGCAGAUUUACUUGAAAAACUGCAGGAAACUGAGACUAAACUGAGAGAGCAGACUGUAAAAUGUGGUCUUCUGCAAGCUAGAGCGGAAGAGCUGGAGAGCCAGACUGGGGAGCUGCACGAUGAAAAAGGAGCUGCAGAGAGCAAUGAAAAAAUGCAGAAGCUUCACGAUGAGCAUCAGACAUCCUCAAUGGAAACCAAAGAGGCCCCGUUCAGGCUAGUUAUAGCUGAGGCUCAGUUGGAACUCAACCUAAGGGAGGUGCACCGGCUCCGGGAAGAGGUGGUGGAGCUCAGGGCUCAGCUUCUAGCAGGAACUGAGGAGAGGAUGAAAGUUCAGGCACUGCAGGAGGUGACAGAGUCCUCAAGAGAGGACCUCCGUGUCUUAGCCGAACAACUGAAAGCACAGGUGGAGGAGCUAAACCGCCGGCAUGUGGAUGAGAUUCUCCGGUCCCGGGAGCGAGAGGAGGCUCUUGUCCGGGAGCGUGAUGGUGAGGCUCAGGCUCGAGCAGGUCUGGCUGCAGAUGUGACAGCUUCCAGAGAGGAGCUCAAUAAACUAAAGCUGCGUUAUGAAACCUUGUGUCUGGAGAACAGUGAAUCCAGGGAGGCUCUCCAUAGAGCCAACACAGAAACAGCUGAACUUGGUGUGCAUGUGUGUAUGCUAACUGCUGAGAACGAAGAGGCUCGUCUGCGCUGGGAGGGCUUGUCAACAAGGUUGCAAGAGCUGGAGGAGGAGGCCACUCAGGAGGCAGAGAGGCUGAAUACCUCCAUGGAGCAGCUACGUCGGGAGAACCAGCGACUCCUUGAUCAGCUCCAUAACAAGGAGGGUUUGCAGGAGCUGCAGCAAGUGCUCAGCAAGGCCCAGCAGGAGACUGAAGCUGUGCAGCAGUCGAACCAGGAGGAGAUUCAGGCCCUCCGCUUCCAGCUCAGCAGCCAAGCCAUGAGCCACAGCAGCCAGCUCCAGACUGUGAAUCAGGGGUUACAGGAAGUGAAAUUACAGCUGAGGACUGAGCAGGAGAAAGUGGUCACCCAGGAGAACAAACUCAAACAGCUCGAGGCUGAGAAUCAGAGAUAUUGCCAACAGAUUGAGGAGAAAAACAUCCAGAUGGCCGAGUCUGAAAAUCUCAUCCAGCAGAAAGAAGACGAGAUAAUCCAUCUGAAAGGGAAUUUAUCAAGAUCUGAGGAUGGUCUAGCAAAGGCUAAGCACGCCUGUCAGGAGAUGAGUGAAAAUCUACGGAGAAUCACACAGGACAAACUGAGCUUUGAUUUCAAGACAGCUGCUGAACUUGAUGAUCUUUACCGCACCAAAAUCAAUUUGGAGGAAAGGCUUGUUGAGCUCAUCAGGGAGAAAGAUGCACUGUGGCAGAAGACUGAUGCGCUGGAGUUUGAGCAGAAACUGCGGGAUGAGGAGACAGAGAGAGAUGUCAACUACUGUCUGGGCUGUCACAGUCAGUUCAGCUGGUGGCUCCGCAAGCACGACUGCAGACUGUGUGGGCGUCCCUUCUGCUACUACUGCUGCAGUAACACAGUAAGCACCCAGCAGGGCGGCAACAGAGAGCGCUGCUGCAGGGACUGUUACAACCAGCACAGUGCGGUAGUUGAGCGCUAUCCACAGGAGGAAGUGAGUAACAGCACACCAGGGACACCUUUCAGUCGUUUGCUGCAGGCUGGAAGAGCUGUGACUAGUGUUUCAGGAGCAAAUGAAGGUGACAAGCUGGAUGAUGGUGUUUUUGACAUCAUCACAGAGGAGGAAGUGAGCGGGGUCUACGACAGUGACUCCCUCUCCUUUGCCACUGCCUGCUCUCCUGGAUAUGGACAGCAGGGGGCAGCACAGCUAAACAGCAGUGCCAGUGCAGGAGAGCUCACAUCAGAAGAUACAGAGGACCUCAGUGCUGCAUUACAGGAUGCAGAGAUCUGCCUGCUGAAGUCAGGAGAACUUACGCUCUCUGUCCGCUUCACGGUGGAUGACAUCUCAGGGUUUGGGGACAGCUCCCGAGAGCUCUUCAUCAAGUCCAGCUGUUACAGCACCAUCCCCAUCACUAUGAGCAAUCCUGGUCCGACUGUCACCUGGACGUUCACCUCUGAACCGAAGAGCAUUUCCUUCAGUGUGGUCUACAGGGAGAGUACAGAGACUCCGCUGGAGCAGGCCAAGGUCUUGAUUCCUUUGACUCGCUGUAACUCCCACAAAGAGACAAUCCAGGGGGAGCUUAAAGUCAGAAACCCCGGAGAAUACACACUCAUCUUUGACAACUCUUUCUCCAGGUUCAUCUCAAAGAAAGUGCUGUAUCAUCUGAGUCUAGACAAGCCUGUGGUCUACGAUGGAACUGACCUCCUCUGAACGUGACAAGAAGGAGGAGAAGCAGGUGCGAAACUGACCUCCGAAAUAAGCUCAUCAACAUGGUACGGAGUCUACUGACGUUUAGCAACCUCAAUGAAAGGUUAUGGCAUUUCAGUAACGUGUCUCUCGGCUAGCUGCUUGAUCAUGAGGCGUUAACGCAUCGGGUGAAUUCUGAUUAUGAGAAAGCUGAAACAGAGGCUGGAAACAAUGAAGUAAAACAAUGUUACAAUGUCGAAUGUGAGCAUGCACUACCUUUUAUAAAAGCUUGAUGUUGUAGUUUAAAUAUAGCAUAACGUCACUCCUACUGUAGGUGACUGGAGGAUUUAUGCAUAUUUGAAUGUGAAGAUUGUGCACAUGCAGGGGUCUCAACGCCUGCAGAUUUAGGUCCUGUACUCUUUUAUUGCAUCUUUGGAGACAUAAAGCCACGUUUUUGCUUUAGCCUGAGGUGCAAUUGUCUGAUAAAUCAAGGUCUGUUCUCAUUAUUUGCCUCAUUGCAUAAAGUAAGACUCCUGUCUUAUAAAAUCAGAUUAAUGUACUCGUGCACAACCGUAGAUUCAAAGAAGGAGUGGAAGAUGUGGUCUAAAUCCUUUUAUCACGGUAUCCCAGAAAAUGUAUGAAGAAACUGUUUAUGCAUUAAAGAACCAGUCAGAUGUCUCUUUUUGACCUAUGUAGGAAAUUCAUCUCUAACAAAUCAAGGUACUUUAUCACAUUGACGCAAAAAAACAAAACAUUAAACUACAAUAUUGCCAUCAAUCAUGUCCUGCUUAUUGAUAUGCAGCAAUACCCACAAUGGCCUAACACACCCAGAAAUAUUCAAGAAAGAGCUACCACCGUAUAAAUGGUAAAAUCUCUGACAAAAAUAUCAUCACAUAGUAUCUAUCGUUACAUAAUCCCGUUCUACUGAAAUAAAUGAGACGUGACUGGAAACAAGGUGUAAACUGAUAGGUAGGUAAAUUGUAUUAUUUUAGUUGCCUAAGCUACUUUGAGUUUGAAAAAUGUACUCUAACCUUAACUGAAUUUGUUUUACUAGCUUAAACGUACCAUUAGUGAACCAUCUGUAACUAACUCUUUGAACUGGUGUGUUGAUAUGAUGCUGUCGUAGAAUUAUAAACUUACUCAAUACUAUUUGUGUCCAAAGCAAAGUUCAAGUUCAUGCUCAUUUCAGAUCCAGUACAGUAUCUUAAAGAUUGUUGCCUUUUCAGCUGUCAGGAAUGAUGAGAAAUGGAUUUGUUGUGUUGCAGUCAUGACGAAGCAUUACAGGAAGAAGCAGGACUUCUGCUGAAGCUGCAAUAAAGCCGCAUCAUUCGGUUUAAAUUGUCUUCAGGAAACAGACUUUAACUGAAUGCAGUUUCUGAUUGAAAGAGGUCAAGAUUUCCAUGCAUGCAAACACUAAGAAUGUGCAUGUUUCCCCAACUUAACCCCUUAUAGGUUAAAAUAGGGAGCGCAUAUCAAAAUGUAAGUUUCAGUGCUUUAAAUACUGAGUUUUUACUUCAAACCUAACUUGAAUCAUCACUCAUGUUUUGACAAGCUGAUGAUUUUGUAUUAAAUUUAGUGAAGCUGCAAUUUGUCUUAAGAUACAUGAAGCCUUUAGAUGGAGAAAGGUUUGUUUUUGGAAAAACAAACAUAAUCAUAGGUUUUAUUUACAGAGGGCUUUUCUAGACGAGAGAGAGAUGUUUGUUCUCCCGUACAGUUGUGUACUGUUGUGCUGUGUGAUGUUACUUCUGCAGUGUGUCAAACAGAAACCUCAACAUACAGCCUUCACAUAAUACAAGUCCAAAAAUCACUUUUAUACUUCGAGUUGUCUUAUAUGGACGUUAUUAUUUGAAGGCUUUAAUGUUGAAAUGUACCUUUAUUUCACAAUCACCAGUCAUUUGACUAUACUGACGUAAAUAUACUGAAACACUGCUUUGCUUUUUGCAAAUUCCAAAAUGUCUUCCACUAUUUUAAAACCAUUUUGUAACUUAUAUUUUGAACAUGACAUGAGAAAGAAUAUUAAGAAAAAAUACAACUGACACUUUUUUUUACAUAUCUGAAUCAGAAGAGUGAUAUAUUGCCAAAUAUAUUAAGGAAACAUAUUUGUCUAUUUUAUUGUUUCUAUUUAUAGACAUUGCAACAUGACUGCUGUAUAAUGCACUUUUGAAAGGGCUUUUUGUCAGUCUGUAUCCUAUGAGCCUUUGUGCCAGUAAAUGAAUGUUUUGGGUUUUUCUUCACUUGUACCUAGUGAGUGUGUGAUUGUAGAUGUUUACUGCUGGAUUUGUCAGAGGGAAGCUUUCACUCUCUGACUUAACCUGUAAAUGAUUAUUGACGACAAAUGUUUUAUUGAAAUAUGAUUUACAUACUAAAGAUUUAUAAUAGAAUAAGAUUGUUGAGAAAUAAAUGAGGAUUGUGUGAUACCUUUA